AUGGAAAACAUACUCAUCAACUACCCAGAGUACAAGUCAACGUCCCGCCUGGACAAUCUCCGCGCAACAGAUUACAGCUACCUCGAUAAGCAAGGCCAUCUCUACCUAGACUUCACUGGCGCGGGCCUAGCUGCGCAGUCCCAGCUCCGCGCCCACGAGAGCCGGCUCAAGCAGACGCUCUUCGGGAACCCCCACUCCAUCAACCCAACAAGCCAGUCGGCCACCGACCUCGUGGAAGACACCAGGGCCCGCGUGCUCGCCCACCUGAACGCCUCCCCGGACGAGUACACCGUCAUAUUCACCCCGAACGCGACGGGAGCGGCGAGGCUCGUCGCCGAGGCCUACCCCUUCAAGAGGCGGACGAGACUGGUCCUCACAUCUGACAACCACAACUCGGUCAACGGGCUGAGGGAGUUCGCGCGCGGGAACCAUGCCCAGACCAUCUACAUCCCCGCCCGCGCGCCGGAUCUGAGGGUAGACCCGUCCGAUCUGAUGUCAGCGCUAAAACCUCGUAGGCGAGGGCUUUUGGGCUCCCCCCACCCCCGCAGGAGCGGCUUGUUUGCAUACCCGGCCCAGAGCAACUUUAGUGGUGUGCGUCAUCCGCUCUCCUGGGUCGGCGUGGCACAGCAGCAGGGGUACGACGUGCUGCUUGAUGCCGCGGCUUACCUGCCUACGGCGAAGCUCGAUCUGUCAGCCGCCGGCGGCGUCCAACCAGAGUUCGUCAUCGUCAGCUGGUAUAAACUGUUUGGGUACCCGACUGGAGUCGGUUGUCUGAUUGUGCGGCGCAGCGCGCUGGCCCGGCUGGCCCACACGCGGCCGUGGUUCUCGGGAGGCACCGUCACGGCCGCGUCGGUCGGCGCACACUGGCACGUCAUGGCGCCGGACGAAGCGGCGUUCGAAGACGGCACGGUCAACUUUCUGUCGAUCCCCGACGUCCAUUACGGCCUGGACUGGCUGGACGGCAUUGGCAUGCCCCUGAUCGCGACCAGGGUCCGGUGCUUGACCGGAUGGUGCCUCGAGCGUCUACGAGCGCUAGAACACAGCGACGGGUCGCCGGUGGCCAGGAUCUAUGGCCCGACCAGCAUGGUAUCACGGGGCGGCACGAUAUGCUUCAACUUCCUAGAUGCGGGCGGCCGGGUGGUUGACGAGAGGCUGGUGGCUGUGGAAUCAUCGGCGCAGAAGAUCUCGUUGCGCACCGGAUGUUUCUGCAACCCGGGCGCCGGCGAAGCGGCCUUUGGGCUGAAGAAGAGGCUGCUGGAGACACUAAACAAGGUUCAUACCAGCUCCUUGGACGACUACGUGCGUCUACUGGCCCCGGUCGGAGCCGUCCGCGUCUCUUUCGGCUUCGUAUCGACGGCGGAGGACGUGGAUCGUUUCAUUGCAUUUGCAGAAAAGACGUAUCGGGACAGGCUGACACCUGUCAAUGGCCUACCGGUAUACGAUCAUUGCUGA